CCACGUCCAAAGGUCUCGCGAGCGCGAGCGACAAGUCCCGCGAGCGCAGCGCCGGGUCGACUCUCGCGGUGUUUGGUGGCGGCUCCUUCCUGCCUCCCCGCCGCCUCCUGCGCCGGCCCGGGUGCUGUGGUCGCCGGCGAUGGCCGCGCCCUGCGCAGGAAACGCCUUUGAGUACCUUGUUGAAGCCGUAGACGGCAGUUCACCCAAGAAGUUCUUCAAUGUACCUAAGUUCGGAGGCGCCAAGUAUGAUGCUCUGCCUUACUCCAUACGGGUCCUGCUGGAAGCUGCUGUACGGAACUGCGAUGGCUUCUUAGUGAAGAAGGAAGAUGUCGUGAACAUUUUGGACUGGAAGACCCAACAAAGCAAUGUCCAAGUGCCCUUUCUCCCCGCCCGAGUUGUUCUUCAAGAUUUCACCGGGAUCCCAGCCAUGGUGGACUUUGCUGCUCUGAGGGAGGCUGUGAAGACUCUCGGCGGGGACCCUGCGAAAGUUCAUCCUGCUUGCCCGACAGACCUCACGGUGGACCACUCUUUGCAGAUCGACUUCAGUAAAUGUGCGAUACAGAAUGCUCCGAAUCCAGGAGGCGGGGACGCACAGAAGGCGGGAAAGCUCUCUCCACUCAGAGCGCAGCCCAAGAAGCUUCCCUGCAGAGGCCAGACGACCUGCCGGGGACCCUGUGACGCUGGGGAGCCGGGCCGACACUCAGGGAAAUUCUCCUCGCAGAUCGAGAACACGCCCAUCCUGUGUCCUUUUCACCUGCAGCCAGUGCCUGAACCUGAAACAGUGUUAAAAAAUCAGGAGGUUGAAUUCGGCAGAAACCGCGAGCGGCUCCAGUUUUUCAAGUGGAGCUCUAGAGCGUUCAGGAACGUGUCUGUGAUCCCUCCUGGAACCGGGACGGCUCAUCAGGUGAACCUGGAGCACUUGUCGCGGGUGGUUUCUGAAGAGAAGGACCUGCUCUUUCCCGACAGUGUUAUCGGCACAGACUCCCACGUGCCCAUGGCGAACGGCCUGGGGAUCCUGGGCUGGGGGGUCGGAGGCAUUGAGACAGAAGCCGUUAUGCUGGGCCUGCCCGUCUCCCUGACUUUGCCAGAAGUGGUUGGGUGUGAGUUGACGGGCUCAGCAAACCUUUUUGUGACGUCCAUCGAUGUUGUUCUUGGCAUUACGAAGCACCUCAGGCAAGUAGGAGUGGCUGGGAAGUUUGUUGAGUUUUUUGGAAGUGGAGUUUCACAGUUAUCAAUAGUGGAUCGAACUACAAUAGCAAACAUGUGUCCAGAAUAUGGUGCUAGCCUCAGCUUUUUCCCUGUCGACAGUGUGACGCUGGAACAUCUGGAACACACAGGUUUCGACAAAGCCAAACUGAAGUCAAUGGAGACAUACCUGAAAGCUAUGAAAUUGUUUCGGAAUGACCAGAACAGUCCAGGAGACUCUGAAUACUCCCAGGUCAUCAGGAUCAAGCUCAGCUCCAUAGUCCCGUCUGUCAGUGGCCCCAAGAGGCCUCAGGACAGAGUCGCCGUGGCCGACAUGAAGAGCGAUUUCCAGGCCUGCCUGAGCGAGAAGGUGGGGUUUAAGGGCUUCCAGAUCGCAGCUGAGAAGCAGAAGGCCACCGCGCCCAUUCUCUACGGGGGGAAUGAGUACCAGCUGUCUCACGGGUCUGUGGUCAUCGCCGCCGUCAUCAGCUGCACCAACAACUGCAACCCCUCUGUCAUGCUCACCGCAGGUCUCCUAGCUAAGAAAGCGGUGGAAGCCGGUCUGCGCGUCAAGCCCUACAUCAGAACGAGCCUGUCUCCGGGCGGCGGGAUGGUGACCCACUACCUCAGUGCCAGCGGGGUGCUGCCCCACCUGAGCCAGCUGGGAUUUGAGGUUGUUGGCUACGGGUGUUCGACGUGUGUGGGGAAUACGGCACCCGUAUCAGAAGCGGUUCUGCGUGCUGUGAAGCAGGGGGAUUUGAUUGCUUGUGGAGUUCUAUCUGGUAACAAGCAUUUUGAAGGUCGACUCUGUGAAUGUGUUCGGGCCAACUACCUCGCCUCUCCGCCCUUAGUGGUGGCGUAUGCCAUAGCAGGCACAGUGAACAUCGACUUACAGACGGAGCCGCUAGGUACUGAUCCCUUGGGCAAGAGUGUGUUCCUGCGUGAUGUCUGGCCUAGUCCUGAGGAGGUCCGUCAGGUCGAGGAAGAACUCGUCAUGAGCUCCAUGUUUAAAGCGUUGAAGGAGAACGUAGAGCUGGGAAAUAAGCAGUGGCGUCUCUUAGAAGCCCCCGACUCGGUCUUGUUUCCGUGGGACUCAAAGUCGACGUACAUCAGAUGUCCUUCGUUCUUUGACAAGCUGACCAAAGAGCCCGCUCCCCUGCGGCCCAUCUGCAACGCCCACGUCCUCCUCUCCCUGGGCGACUCGGUCACCACAGACCACAUCUCCCCGGCCGGGAGCAUCUCGAGGAGCAGUGCUGCCGCUAAGUACCUGAGCCACAGAGGCCUUACCCCUCGUGAAUUCAACUCUUACGGAGCCCGCAGGGGCAAUGACGCCGUGAUGACAAGAGGCACUUUCGCAAACAUCAAACUUCUUAACAAGUUUAUUGGGAAGCCGGCUCCCAAAACGAUUCACUUUCCGUCAGGACAGACGCUGGACGUGUUUGAGGCUGCAGAGCUGUACCAGAAGGAAGGCAUCCCGCUCAUCAUCCUGGCCGGGAAGAAGUAUGGCUCAGGGAGCUCGCGAGACUGGGCCGCCAAGGGGCCAUUCCUGCUGGGUGUGAAAGCUGUUCUGGCUGAGAGUUACGAGAAGAUUCACAAGGACCAUCUGAUUGGAAUUGGCAUAGCUCCACUCCAGUUCCUUCCGGGAGAAAGUGCAGACUCCUUGGGCCUCUCUGGCAGAGAGACGUUCUCUGUGGCGUUUCCUGAAGACUUGUCUCCCAGAGUGACGUUACAGAUCAAGACCAGCAGCGGGAAAGAAUUCAGCGCCAUCGCUUCCUUUGACAACGACGUGGACGUGAUGCUGUACAGACACGGAGGGUUGCUGAACUACGUGGCGCGGAAGUUCUCGUAGCGCCUGCUCUCCACCCGGCAGGCAGAGGGCCCCGUGCCCGGCCCGGCCGUUCACCGCGGAGCUGCGGUGUGGGCACCGUCCUCGUCCACGGCUGCGGUGUCCACGGGCCCGGCGUGGAGCGGCCGUGACCCGAGAUCCCACGAAUGGUGCUGCUGACGCACGGGGCCGCGUGUUCUGGGAGAGGGGCCUCGCGUGGGCCGGCUGCGCAGACCGCUUUGUAAAUAAGGCAGUCGUCGUCCUGCACGCCUUCCCGAACUCGCCCGGUCUCGCACCUGCCGACUGUCUGCCGCCGCCUGGCGGUUCGGAGCAGCAGCCCGCGUGGAAAGGGCACAGGGCAGGGUGCCCAGGGUGGAGACCGAGCUGGGCACGGGGGACCCGUCUCAGGGGCUUUCGGAUGUGCCGUGUCUCUCAGGAGACGGCCGCGCGGCGUCGGCUCGCGAGUGUGUGCGGGACGCGGCUGGUCAGGCCCGGCCCUCCCGAGGGGGCACCGCCAGCCCCGACAGCCACUCGGUCCUGGCCAGUUGGGGCCCCGCCACUUCCCGGACGGCACUGAGGCGGUGUGAGCGUGGCUGUGCCCGCGUGUCCGGUGCGUGGCGCGGGUCUGCGAGUCUCCCGGCGUCAGGCUCGCUGGGCGUGAUGCCCUGACUCCCCGCGGCCUGAUGUUUUAGUGUUGUUACCUAGAAUACCAUUCCUCAUUUUAUUUGCUGAAGAAGACUUUCUUUAAUCAGUAAACACUAAAUUGUUUCCCUCCACGAUUUCUAAAUGACCUGAUUUAAAUUACGUGGCUACUCAGUCUGAGCAUUGUUAAAGUCAUCUCAUGGGGGCCAGGACAGCGGCUGGCACGUGGCCCAGUUUCUCAUCUCCCGUGCCGGGUGUCUGUGAGCAUUCUCACCUCCAGCUGAGGUCUUCCCUCCAUCCUGCGCCCCACACCUCCUCCCCUCAGCCCUGCUCAGCUCUGCUGAUGGUGGUGCUGGGGAUGGAACCAGGGACCUCCGGUGCCUCAGGCAGGAGAGUCUUGUGUGCAGAACCACUGUGCUACCUGCCCAGCCCCCGAAACGUUUUUAAAAUGCUAUUUGUUUCCGAAUUCUUAAAAUUGAUUUCUUGUCUGAAUCAUUUUACUUGGGAUGCCUGCUUAAGCUUUUAAUUAUAUCUUUUUUUUUUUUUAAUUGAAGCUGACCACCAGAUAAAAUCUUAAAUCGUUGCUGAAAAUC